UCAAACGAGAAAGAGCGACACCGCAUACAAGAGACCAGCUGGAGACGAGGGGGAGAGAGGCCCAGGUACAGAGACCAUGUCAGACUACAAGAAGCAAGAGCGGCGGCGGAACAAAUCAUUCAAGCAGGAAAAAUCAAGGGCAGACAAGCAGGAACAGCUCCUGCGGGAUAUUCGAGAUUUGGGCGGCGAUGAGGCCGAUCUGGCGCUGGUUGCGGGUCUCGACAGUGAUGCAGACGAAGCUGCACCUGUAGAGAGGGCAGAGAAGAAGGCCAAGAAGCCCGAGGAUCUGCAUCUGCAAAGAGAUUUGGCGAAACUGGCCAAAGAGCUUGGAUUGAAUGGCAAUGUGGAUCAAGUCACUGUCGACGAUGAUGCUGCUUCAGACGAUAAUGACGAGGAAGAAGAGGCUGCGCCAGUCAAGGUCAAAGAAAAGCGCAAGGCAGAAGUCAUUGUGCAAGAAGCACCACGAACAGACGGCCUGCUCAUUGAGCCUACAGCCCUUUGGCACGCGAUACCCCUUGCUCCACUUACUCCACCAGCAGAGACGCCUGCCGACUUUCAAAUAUCGCGCCAAUUGGCCAAGGCACAGCAAUUGCUCACACAGGAAGCAGAACGGUAUGCCACCUCAGACCACGUCAAGUCUUCAGAUCGUCAAUUCUUGUCGACCAUCAUGCGCAGUGGUACAUUGACGGAUCGUAUCUCUGCCAUUACCCUUGUGAUUCAGGAGUCACCGCUUCAUGCAGUCAAAAGCAUGGAUACACUGCUUGCCAUGUGCAAAAAGAAGUCAAGGAAUGAAGCAGUCUCGAGUAUUGCGGCCGUCAAGGAUUUGUUGCAAGGCAGUGUCCUUCCAGACCGCAAGCUACGAUUCUUCAAAGACAUGCCCGUCACGAGCCCCGAAAUCACAGAUGCGCACCUCGUUCUAUUUGCCUUUGAAGACUAUCUCAAACGCUUCUACUUUGAACUCCUUGGCCUCAUGGAGCAACUCAGUCUUGACUCUUUGCCAUUCCCACGCAAUCACAUGGUUCGCUACUUUUACGAGUUACUCAAGGAUAAACCAGAGCAAGAGGCAAACUUGCUACGAUUGCUUGUCAACAAGCUCGGCGAUCGCGAUAAGAAGAUUGCCUCCAAGUGCUCUCACUUUCUGCUACAGCUUCAACAAGCGCAUCCUGCCAUGAAGGGCAUUAUUGUUGCUGCACUCGAGCAGGCCUUGUUCAAACCUGGCAUGCCACCCAUGGCACAAUACUACACCGUCAUCACCAUGAAUCAAACGAUCCUUUCACAAAAGGAAACGGCUGUUGCUAAUUCACUUGUGCAGCUCUACUUUCAAUGCUUUGCAAAACUCAUCCAGCACAAGGAAACAGCAAAGUCAGAUGAGCAAGAGGCAAAGAAGAAUCGCAAGCAGGUGAAGCGGGAGAAGGAGGCUGAACAGGCAGAUGUCCUACAAGAUGAACUCAACCAAAAAAUGAUUUCAGCCGUCUUGACUGGGGUGAAUCGAGCGUUCCCCUUUGCCGAUUUGCCAGAGAGUGUGUUUGAGGAGAAUCUCGAUAUCCUCUACCGCAUCACGCAUGCUAGCAACUUCAAUACCUCCAUCCAGGCAUUGAUAUUGCUGCUGCAAGUCUCCACCACGCCAACGGCAAAGCAGCAGAAUGUGGAUCGCUUCUACAGAACGUUGUAUGAGAGCAUUAGUGAUCCACGAUUAUUGACAUCCAGCAAGCAGGCACUCUACCUCAAUUUGCUGUUUAAAGCACUACGAGGCGCUGAUGCAGCGAAAUGCGCAGCAUUUGCCAAGAGACUUGUUCAGUCGUGUGUACUGCAUCAGCCACCAUUCAUCUGUGCCUUGUUUUACCUACUCGGCGAGCUAGAACGCAGUGUUCCUGGUCUACGGCAGUUGUAUGCAGAAGGCACAGAGGAAGCCGGGUAUGAUGGCCGUGGCCGUGAUCCUCGAUUCUGUCAAGCAGGUGGCAGUAAGCUGUGGGAACUCCUUCCAUUCCUGACACACUUCCAUCCAUCUGUGUGUCUCUUUGCACGCUGUCUCGUACAGCAAGACCCGAUGCCAUCCAAGCCAGACUUGACGCUGCAUACACUCACACACUUUUUGGACAGGUUCGUGUAUCGCAAUGCAAAGACAAAGGCGACGACCAAAGGUGGUAGUAUCAUGCAGCCCAUGGCAUCCGAUACACUACGUACGAUUUCCAGCCAGGCACGAUCUGCACAGACGCAAGAGCCCGUCAAUACGGAAGCCUUUUGGCGACAAUCGGUGAAGAAGGUGGCUGCGGAUGAGGUCUUCUUCCACAAGUACUUUAAUGACAAGGUCCGGCAACCGAAAGCAAAGCAUGCGGCGGAUGCAGAGGAGGAAGAGGAUGAGGUGUGGAGUGCACUUGUCAAGUCACGGCCGGAUGUGGAAGCACCGGAUGAGUCGGACGUGGAUUUGGAUGACUUUGAGGGCCUGUCUGAUCUCAGCGAGGAGGACGAAGAUGAAGAAGCAGAUGAAGAAGACGAUGAAGGAGAGGAAGAAGGAAGCGACAGUGCAUUCCUGGAAGACAUGGACGACCUGCUACCGUCUGACGAAGAAGCUUCCGAAGCCUCUGAAGAGGACAACAAGAAGCGCAAGGCGACAGACGAUGAGAAGUCGGAGAAGAAGAAGAAAAAGGUCAAGUUGCCGGCAUUUGCAAGUGCGGAAGAGUAUGCGCAUCUCCUGUAGUCAUAUACAUUUGUCAUAGCUCAUUGCUUCAUGGCUGUGUCUGUGGUUCCAUCCUGCUUGGCAAGCUCUUGCUUCAGCUGCUUGGAAAAGUCAUCCUGCACAUCAUCAUCGUCCCACGUAUCCUGCCAUACUUUGUCUACGCCGAGAUUCGCCUCUGCAUCGUCCCAAUCUGCGAUUAGCGCGUUUCUUUUUUCUAGUA